GUCUGCUAUACAUUUUAAAGAGGAAGAUCUACAAGCAACUGGAGGGGUGGAUGUAACAGAUGCAGGAAACAUUCUGGUGAAUGAAGUAUUGACAAUCGGGAAAAAUGACUGCUCAUACUUGCCAGUUUCCGUGAACAGAAUCAAUGAAGUAUCAAUGAAACAAGAUGAACCUGAGCUUGAAAAAGUUCAACAUGAAUUGUUAGAUAUGGAUCCAAUUGGUGGAGACAUAAAUGAAGAUAGAAAUAUUACAGCUGGAAAGGUUGUUCAACCCUUGAAUACGUUUGAGCCUACUGUCUCUCGUCCAACUUUUUUAGGGAAACUGGAAUCAUCUGCAGAAAAUGACUUGCAAAAUAUAAAUGAUAAAAAUGCUGGGUGUGAGGGAAGUAAAAUUAUAGUGACAGUGACAGAUUCCUCCCAUGAAGUGAGAGGCAGUAACCAGCAAGAAGGAAAAGAUGAUUGCAAAGACAGAGUUGACUCGGCUUCUCCAAGUAGUUGUGGUAUGCAUUGGAUUCAAAGGAAAGGCAAGGAAAAGGCUCUGUCUGAUGGUGAUGUUCAUGGAAGAAUGUUGAAUAAUGAUGACAACAGCUAUGGAAGUGUUGAAAGCUGUAACAGUGCUUUUCGUUCAACGUCUAAGAGGCGAUGGAGCUUUGAACAACACUUAAUUGUUGGGAACAAAAGAGCCAAAAAGCAAGACCAUAAUGGUCCAACAUCAAACCUUGGUCAAGAUAGCUCUUUCAUGAAAUGGAUAUCUAACAUGACGAAAGGAUUCGCAGAAUCGAUACAAGAUGAGGCACCUUCUCUUGGCCUUACCCUUGCAAAGUGUGAUGUUGAACAGGGGGGCCUGAAUGAAGAACCGAUGGACAAGAAGAUCAAUGCUCCUGGGUUCAGUGGCGUUGGUUUCCAAUCUAUCUUCCGGUCCUUGUAUAAUCCAAUAAUGAGAGGUGAGGAAGGAGCACCUGGUGCAAUUUGUCAAGCCAAACAAGAAGCUAAGGAAAUUGAAAUGAUUAAAAAUAGUUGUGAUCUUAGUCCAACUCCAAUAGCCUGUUUUGGAGAGUCUGAUCACUUCGGCAAACAACUACUGCCAAACAAUGAGAAUGAGCCAGAGCUUAUAUCCGGAGAUGGACCAACCCUGCUAAUACAGCUGAAGAAUUCACCUGAAAUUUCUUGUGGCAGUCAUCAAAGUCAUAAAACCAGGUCUCAGGAGAACCAGAAUUCAUGCAAUCUUAUAAGUGUUGCUGGAACAGGUGAAGCUAUGCACUCUCCUUUGGGUAAGUGCAAGUCAAACAGUACAGAGAAUGUUGACUGUGAUCUACUAUGUGGAAAGAUUAACCAUACUACUGGUAAUGCGAGUGAUCCUCUCAAAAGCUUGUGGAUUUCCCGUUUUGCUGCCAAAGCAUCUGGAUUUAUGGCAAACCCAGAAACUUGCAACCUAAAUACCAAGGAUGAUUCCCAAUGUUCCAUGCACAGCCCUAGACAUAUUCCUUGCCCUCAAAAUCACAUUGAUCAUCAUUCCAUGGAUGACUUAGAUACUGCCGUUAGUAAGGAACAACACACCACAGCAAAUAGAGAGAAGCUAGAAACUCUCUAA